GGAGGCUGUGGGACUUCUGGGCAAUUUUAUAGCCUUGAUUGUCAUUUUUGCGAUCUAUGAAAAGUAUGCUGGAUGUCUGGAAGGAGGAAUGGGUGAAGAAGAUCUGGGCGCAGAAUCAGGCUUCUUGAUUUCUAAGUCGCGAAAAUUUGGGACUAAACCACGUGCCUUGGAUGAAAGCUGAGGCUUUAGGGUGGAAUGGCACCUUGAAGGUUCGGACUGAACUUGAUGAGCUGGCGAAAUUUAUGUUAAUUCCUGCGGGGAUAUUUAUACUAUUACUCCCUGUACUCCUGUGUAUAUUUACGCCCAAAUUUAUACACUCGGGAGUGGGUUAGAACAAAAUUCCUUCAUUAACCAUUCCAUCAAAAUCUGCGAGACCUUCGCCAUGGGGUCCUGCAUUGCGUCAUGGGGCGACUGGCUGAAUAAACUUUGUGCUAGUGGUGAGGAUGAAGAAGGAGGAGAAAGCAAGGAACCUUGUUGUGGGUAUUUGCUCGACACGUUUGGGGAAUGGGUGAGUCCAACGGAAGAGGGUUCUUUCAUGCGCACCCUUCUGUGUCCGGUGUUCGAAUCCGAAUCUUACAAGAAAUUAGCCCAAUGCGACAAAUUGAAGAAGCUCGCUAUGACUGUCGGCUUUCUGGGCUUUCUCAUUUGCGUGGAGUCGUUUUUUGCCAAGCCGUGGUGGGAUCAGGGAUCAGGGAAUGACACCGAAGGCGGUGUCGGUGGAGAUGACGUGGAAUCCGGAGAAGCGGAUGGAUUCCUUCCUGCUCAAGCAAAAGAAGAACUAGCAUCAGCUAUCUAUUAA